CUGGCGUAGCUCUUUGUUGAUAUCAAGAUGGUUGUCCAAGCAGACAUGGAGGAGCCUGGCAGAGAGGAUGAAAACACCGAAUUUGUGGGUCUGGGCUGUGCCCUGGAGCUAUUUUCCGAACUUGAUGAAGUUUUAGGCAUGAUAGACCAACUCAAGACCAUUUACACCACGAGGAAGGCGAUCGAGUGUGCAUACGAGAAGUUUCGUUGCGUCCUAACCCUCUAUCAGGAACAACCCCAUCUCCUCGACCCGCAUUUGGACACCAUUCUUGAGAGGAUAAUCCUGAUUAUCAGAAACAAGGACGAGCCUAUAGAAUUGAAACAUGAAGCUUUCAAGUAUUUACACGUGAUUGUCAAGGUCAGGGGCUACAAGGUGGUGGUCCGCCACCUGCCACAUGAGGUUUCUGAUUUGGAACCUGUAUUGACCAUGCUCGAAAGACAAAACCCAAAAAGCACAGACACGUGGGAGACAAGAUAUGCCCUUUUGUUGUGGUUAUCAAUUAUUGUGAAGAUUCCCUUCCACAUGACAAGACUGGAUAGUUUCCAAUCAACUCCAGGUCCGUCUACUGCAGAUGAUGGUGAGAAAAGAAAGACAGUUAUUCAAAGACUUGUAGAUGUUUGCAAGCUCUAUGUACUUGUGGGUGAUAGUUCACGGUUCCCUGCAGCGUUCUUAGCCUCUCAUUUUUUUACGCGAUCUGAUGUGAAAGACGAACACCUUGGACCAUUUAUUGCAUUUGCAUGUGAGGUAGUGGGGUCUCCUAAAAGUGAUAUGAGUGCUCAGUGUGGGGCCCUGGCUGCUCUGGCUGCUAUUCUUAAGCAUGGCAGCCGUGAGGACUUAAUUCCUCAUGCAACAGAACUCUUGCAAUGGUUGGUAAACAGUAAUUGCAGAAAAAAGGAUAUCCCACUAAUAAGACAACUAGGGAUGAAAGUUGUGCAACGGAUAGGUUUAACAUUUUUGAAAACAAGAGUGGCUGCUUGGCGAUACAAUCGUGGUUGUAGAUCAUUAACUAUCAACUUAAAUGCUGGUGAUGCCACCCGUCAAAUUGGUGCUCAACAACCUACACAAAGUAAUCCUGAAGAAGUUGGAGAAGACUUUGACAUUCCAGAAGAAAUUGAGGAGGUUAUUGAAGAACUUAUUCAGGGCCUACAGGAUAGCAAUACGAUUGUGAGGUGGUCGGCUGCUAAAGGCAUUGGUCGAGUCACUGGAAGGUUACCCAAGGAGUUGGCUGAUGAAGUAGUUGGUUCUGUCCUAGAGUUAUUCAGUGAGCAAAACUCUGACUCAGCUUGGCAUGGAGGCUGUUUAGCUCUUGCUGAACUUGGCAAACGUGGUCUGUUGUUACCUCAGCGCUUGGGAGAAGUUGUGCCUGUAGUUCUCAAGGCUUUGUAUUAUGAUGAAGCUAGAGGUUACGUCUCUGUUGGGGCACACAUACGUGAUGCAGCAUGCUAUGUUUGUUGGUCAUUUGCUCGAGCUUAUGAUACAGAAGUUUUAAGACCCUAUGUAAAGGACAUUGCAGGGGCUCUGGUUGUGGUGACUGUCUUUGAUAGAGAAAUAAACUGUCGCCGAGCAGCUUCUGCAGCUUUUCAAGAAAACGUUGGACGUCAAGGAUCAUUUCCUCAUGGCAUUGAGAUCUUAACCACAGCUGACUACUUUGCUGUAGGAGUGCGUUCAAAUGCAUACCUCAACAUAAGCACAUUUAUUGCACAAUUUGAGGAGUAUACUCUUCCCCUCAUCGAUCAUCUUGUUAAAUACAAAGUAGAUCACUGGGAUGUUGCCAUACGAGAGCUAGCUGGAAAGGCUUUGCACAAUAUUACACCAAAAUCGCCAGAGUAUAUUGCUACAUGUGUCCUUCCACAACUUCUUAGUAGAACCACAUCAAUUGAUUUAAAUGCUCGUCAUGGUGCUGUUCUUGCUAUUGCUGAGCUUUUACAUGCCCUUGCUGUUGUUGGCAAAGAAAGAAACCAAACUAUUCAAGAAAUCAUUGGUGAGAAAUUUGUUCAGGAAGUCUGCUCUCUUGUUCCAAAGUUCAAAGAAAGGGGUCAAUUUCGAGGUAUGGGAGGAGAGUUGAUGAAGCAAGCAUGCUGUGUUCUGGUUGAAAAGUCGUCCCUUGCUCAAAUGCCAUUCCAUGACAUGUCAAUAAUUGAUGAGUGGCAGUUUCUUCUGGAUGAUUGCUUGUCUAAUGAAGUAGCUACAGUCAGGACAAGAGCAGUCUAUGCCCUUCCAGCUUUUCUCUCCGAAUACUAUCAGCAUGGUGAUGCUGAAAAGUGUUUGCGAAGACAGCAAGGAGUCAUUAGUUGUUACACUGGCAAGCUAAAGGCUGUGAAUAAAGCUACACGCAUGGGCUUUUGCCUAGCAAUCGGAUCUUUACCUGGCUUUAUGCUGAAAGGUCGUGUUUCUUCAGUGAUUGAAGCACUAAUUGGAUGCACAGAAAUAACUGAAAGCACUUUGAAAUGGGCUGAAAGUCGACGUGAUGCAGUGAAAGCUCUUCACACCAUCACCAAUACUAUUGGCAUUGCACAUGGCAACAAACAGUCUGAUCCAGGAAAAGUGAACAAAAGUCUAGUGGAUGCAAUGUACUCCUGUUUCCUGAGAUGCCUCUCUGAGUACACCAUGGAUAGUAGGGGUGAUGUCGGAGCUUGGGUCAGAGAAGCAGCCAUGACAGCUCUCCAGGUUUUAACAACAUUAGUUGUCAAGCAGGAUCCAACUCUUCUUGAUGCUUGUGUGAUCCAGAAAAUGAUGGCUGAUGUAUCACAACAAGCUGUGGAAAGAAUUGACCGGACUCGCUCUCAUGCUGGGCGCGUUUUUAGUAGCCUUAUCCACAGUGACCCUGUGGUGCCUCAUAUUCCUCACCACACAGAAAUCCUGCAGAUUUUCACUCAAAAUCUUUGUCAGGAGGAAUUGAAUUGGAACUCAGCUGCAGAUACAUUCCCUCUGUUCAUCGAAUUAUUGAGGCUAGAAUCAUAUUCUGCAAGUCUCAUGCUUGGGCUUGUUGCAAGUGUUGGUGGCUUGACUGAAAGUUUGGUUAAGCACUCAAGUUCAGCUUUAUUUACGCAUCUUAAACAUUUACAACAAACACCAGAGGAAAUGCGGCGCCUGUGUGGAAUUAUCCUUCAAGUUCUAAUUGAAUGGAUAAAUUCAGAGAGAUUAUCAGAUUCUCUCCUCACUUUCCUUGAUCGCCUUCUUGGGAGUGGUUGUGUGCAUUCUGUCUUAGUGGACCCAGAAGUUUCAUUCUCAUCAGAGAUUUUGAGAGUCGUCAAAGGAGUAGUUACCCGAUCUAAAGAUGUUCACAAACUCAACCGCGGGGUAGAUGUUCUCUGCCAAUUAGUUCAGGUUCCUGGAGAAGUCUCUCGCCGUUCACUAACUCAGCUUUUAAUAUUCUUGUGUCACCGGUUCCCUACAAUCCGUACUUCUACAGCUGGGCGACUUUAUGAAGCCCUCAUGCUGUAUGGUGAUGAUGCUGGCUUAGAUCCCACGGGCAUGGAACAAGCCAUGACCCUUAUUUCAGACACUGAAUGGGAUCAAGCCAUUGAAAUUGUCCGCCCCAUUAGAAAUGAAAUUUGUGAUCACAUGGGUAUACCUCCCCCAAAAGUUGUUCAGAAGAAAAGUAACACAUCUGUUAUUUCAUAAGUUUACUGUAACAUUCUGCAAAGCACCCUCUAUUGCUGGUCUAAUUAUAGCUAAUAUCUGGUUAACUUGUUUUACUGUUUUAAAAAGUGAGACCCAUGACUGAUUAUGUGAACAAUUUCUUUACUGCAUUGUGCCUUGAGGAUAUUUUUACCUUCAUACUCGAAUCAUUUUUAAGUGAAAUGUUAUUUUUUAAUGCGUGAAUCAUGUCAGCAUUUUCCUGUUAGUUAACAAUUGUUUAUAUCAUCUCAAUCUAAUAUCUUUUGAUAACACUGGAGCUUUUAAUCGAACUAUGCAAUCUGUGAUGUAAUUAUUGUCAAUACUUUUCUGAAGCAGUUAGCAGCACAUUUGUCUAUUGAUCUAAUUUGAUUUAUAAAAAUUAUUGUUGGAA